CUUUUAACAAAACUAUGGACCGUCUUCAUAAAUAUGGAAAAAGUUUAAAAGACUUCAAUUACAACAAUAAGGAAAUAGCAGACGACAUCUACUCAGCUAUCAAUUCUACUCAGUUUUUAGGAGUAUCGGGCUUCGUGGCGUUCAGCUCCCAGGGAGACAGGAUAGCCCUCACCCAAAUAGAGCAAGUUAUAAACGGCAACUAUGUGGUCCUCGGCUAUUACGACACACAGGCGGAUAAUCUGACUUGGUUCGACAGGGAAGUUUGGCGCGGUGGAAAAGUGCCUCAAGACAGGACCAUCAUACGGAGAGUGCUGCGGACGGUGUCGCUGCCCCUUUUCAUUUGCAUGUGUAUCAUUUCCAGCAUCGGCAUAAUUGUAGCCGCCGCUUUAAUAGGUUUUAAUAUUUGGAACAAACAUAGGCGGGUGAUCCAGUCCUCCCAUCCGGUGUGCAACACGAUAAUGCUCUUCGGCAUCAUCGUGUGUCUGACCGCCGUGUUCCUCCUAGGUUUAGAUGGUAGAUUCGUGACCCCCGGUGCCUAUCCCGUUGUAUGCCAGACGAGAGCGUGGCUGCUCACGACCGGCUUCACCCUGUCCUUCGGAGCGAUGUUCAGCAAGGUGUGGAGAGUUCACAGGCUUACCACCAAGGCCAAAAGUGAUCCAAAAGUGAGAAUGAAAAAAGUGCAGCCUUGGAAGCUGUACUCAAUGGUGUCCGGCCUGCUGCUGGUGGACGUCGUCAUAAUGUUGGCGUGGCAGCUGCUCGACCCGCUACAGCGACGCAUCGAGCUGUUCCCCCUGGAAGCGCCGGUCUCCUCCCUGGACGACGCCCAGAUAAGGCCGGAACUGGAGCACUGCGAAAGCCAUAACAAUAACGUUUGGUUGUCCGUGAUUUACGCUUAUAAGGGAUUAGUUCUGAUUUUUGGUUUAUUUCUCGCCUACGAAACGAGGUCGUUGAAGGUAAAACAAAUAAACGACUCCAGGUACGUGGGUAUGAGCAUCUACAACGUCGUCAUCCUGUGCCUGAUAACUGCUCCGGUUACCAUGGUCAUCGCCAGUCAGCAGGAUGCCAGCUUCGCGUUCGUGGCCCUAGCGAUAGUUUUUUGUUGCUUUCUUAGUAUGGCUCUCAUCUUUGUGCCUAAGGUUAUUGAGGUAAUUAAACACCCAAGAGAUAAGGCUGAAAGUAAAUACAACCCAGACAUGGGAGUCUCGAAGGAGGACGAAGAAAAAUAUCAGAAACUGUUAACUGAAAAUGAAGAUUUACAACGACUUAUAGCACAGAAGGAAGAGAGGAUCAGGCUCCUGAAGGAACGUCUGGCGGAGAAGGAAGCCGGCAAGGGCGGGCUCACCCCCUCCACCAUAACGCAAGGUAAGGACACACUUAUCGUGGCCGAUUUCAUAACGGACGCCGGCACCUCGGAUUCGGCCUUCGGCGGAGGGAUCUCCGUCUACACGCGCUCUUCCAGGUGCAGCCAGUCUGAUAUAGAGUUCAGUGAGAGUUAUCUUUAA